CUCUAGUCGAGCUCCGUGUCGGAGCGAGACUUGCCCCACACGCCUGUUCCUAUUGGAGCAAACCUCUCCUGCUCCGCCGGCCUGAUCCCCGCAGGGGCGGGGCCUCGCAAAGUUUUCAUUGAGGUGGAGAAGUGUGGGCAAAGAGCACUGCUGCAGCUGUGUCUGAGCGUCGGUGAGGGGCAGCAAGGCAGACAGCAGGCGCAGCAGGAACGGGAGAGGCGGUCUACUUCCCCCUCUGCCACCUACAGCGCUCUGGCCGCCGCACCAGCGGAGGGGAGCAUGCAAGUCGUUUUAGAAGGAUGCAAAAUGCCAGCAACCUAGCAGCUUGGGAUGAUUUUGCUCAGUGUACCACAAGCUGGGUCCUACGGGCCAGAAGCUGGAAGAAAGUGGCUGGAGUCCUCAGUGUGUCUGGGAAUCGGUGAAUCGUGACUCACACCACUCCUCGGAUAUAUAAACAGAGAGCGAGCGAGAGAGAGAGAGCAAAGCCUUUGGUAUAUAACAAAACCGAUCGAGUGCAAUUUAAUUUUAAAAUGCUGGUUCUCCUUUCUUGAUGUGGGGCACAACAAAAUGGUUCUCCAGUAAGAAAAAGAAAAAAAAUCUCCUCCAAGAAACCGUGCGUCUUGCAACUGAAGUCACCAGAAAUCCAGCUGCUUCGGGAUUUAAUGGGCUCUUCCAAAGAUGUUAAGGGACUUGUGAGAAAAUCCGGUGAAAGACAAUGCUAAAGUGCAUUAGCGCUGUGCAAGGGUGGACCUAAAAGUUAUGAAGUGGUACCUGUCGUAACAACAAGCAAAUAUUGUUCUCAUUUAUUUAAUCAAGACUCGAACUAGUCAGAUCUUCAAGCAAUGGCAACAGAAGUGGUGUGUGGAUUGAUCUUCAGAUUGCUACUUCCAAUAUGUUUAGUAGCUGCAUGUGUGUUCCGUUACAAUGGGCUCUCUUUUGUCUACCUCGUCUACCUCUUGCUCAUUCCUCUAUUUUCAGAACCCACAAAAACAACCAUGCAAGGACAUACAGGACGGUUAUUAAAAUCCUUGUGUUUCAUCAGUCUAUCAUUCCUGCUACUGCACAUCAUCUUCCAAAUCACAAUAAACAGCCUUGAAGCUGGAAACAAUAUUGAACCUGGUUUUAACUGUUCUACAUGGGAGAAAACAUUACGACAGAUCGGUUUUGAAAGUGUGAAGGGAGCCGAUGCUGGCAACGUGAUCAGAGUAUUUGUACCAGAUAUCGGGAUGUUCAUUGCUAGCUUGACCAUAUGGCUUGUCUGCAGGAACCUUGUGCUGAAGCCAGUGACAGAGGAUGCAGCACAGUACAACACACAAUUUGAAAAUGAAGAAAUGGCUGGAAGAGAAAAGUUAGAGCCAGAUGAUGCAUUAAUGUGUGAAGAUUUGGAUGGUGGAGAAAAUAGCGAAGAGGAAUUUGAAGAAACUACAAAAUUAAAACUACUGCGCAGAAUUGCCUCACUGGCUUCCAAAUUGAAAGAGUUUAUUGGAAACAUUAUAACCACCGCUGGAAAAGUUGUUGUUACAAUUUUACUUGGUUCAACAGGCAUGAUGUUGCCAUCUUUGACGUCAGCUGUGUAUUUCUUUGUAUUUUUGGGGCUGUGUACGUGGUGGUCCUGUUGCCUAGCAUUUGAUCCGCUGAUAUUCAGCUGUCUGUGUGUAUUAAUGGCUAUAUACAGUGCGGGGCACUUGAUUGGACUUUAUCUGUACCAGUUACAAUUCUUUCAGGAAGUUGUUCCCCCAAAGGACUACUAUGCAAGGUUAUUUGGUGUCACUUCAGUAAUUCAAACCAAUUGCUCAAGCACCUGGAAGAUCAUAGCAAACCAAGACCUACUCUGGUAUCACCAUGCCAAUCCCAUAUUACUGCUGAUGAUGUACUACACCCUGGCAACUCUUAUUCGCCUUUGGCUACAAGAGCCCGUUGAGAUGGAUGAUGACGAGAAAUCUGGUAUCAGUGAAGAAGACAAAGAAACAGACUGCAACCCGACCUCAAGGAGACGAAGUUUGUGGUAUGCAAGCCACUACACAACUGAUGAGAGAAAACUUCUGUCAAUGACUCAAGAUGAAUACAAGUCAUCUGAUGUCCUGCUCGUAACAGUGAAUGGGACUCCUGUAGAUUAUCACACCAUACACCCCACACUUCACUUGGAGAAUGGCCCUGCCAAAGCUGAUAUGUACUCAACCCCACAGUAUAAAUGGGAGCCAUCAGAUGACAUGUCAGAAAAGAAAGAAGAGGAAGAGGAAGAAGAAGAAGAGGAGGAAGAUAUUCAGGAGAAAAAAGAAAAUGUUAAAAUACAUGCCAUGGUCUCUGUCUUCCAUUUUAUCAUGAAACAAAGUUACAUUUGUGCUCUGAUUGCAAUGAUGGCUUGGAGUAUCACUUAUCACAGUUGGUUGACUUUUGUGUUAUUGAUCUGGUCCUGCACGCUUUGGAUGAUUCGUGACCGAAGGAAAUACGCUAUGAUCAGUUCACCUUUCAUGGUUGUUUAUGGAAAUUUGCUGUUAACAUUACAAUAUAUAUGGAGUAUUGACCUCAAUAAUGAUGAGCUUCCUAAAGUUUCUGGAUUUUUAGAAAAGAAGGAUCCUGGGGAAUUAGCUUCAAAGAUCCUUUUCACAAUUACUUUCUGGCUACUGCUUAGGCAACACCUCACAGAGCGGAAAGUGCUUCAGCUAAAAGAAGCUACUUUAGCUGAGGUCAAAGUUGAAGAUGAAGAAAAUGAAGAAAAAGAAGAGGAAUUGCAAGAAGGGGAAGUGACAGAGGAAGCAGAUGAAGAAGAUGAGGAUGAACAGGACAUUAUGAAAGUCCUCGGAAACUUGGUGAUGGCUAUGUUCAUUAAGUACUGGAUUUAUGUCUGUGGAGGAAUGUUCUUCUUCGUCAGCUUUGAGGGUAGAAUUGUCAUGUACAAAAUCAUCUAUAUGAUGCUCUUCCUCUUCUGUGUGGCCCUGUACCAGGUGCACUAUGAAUGGUGGAGGCGAAUCCUAAAAUAUUUUUGGAUGUCAGUGGUUGUUUACACUAUGCUGGUGCUUAUCUUCAUCUAUACAUAUCAAUUUGAAUCAUUUCCUGGCUUGUGGAUGAACAUGACAGGGCUAGAUGAAAAAAAACUAGAGGAUCUUGGUUUAAAACAGUUUUCUGUGGCUGAGCUGUUCACACGUAUCUUUAUUCCAACCUCUUUCUUAUUGGUGUGUAUAUUACACCUUCAUUACUUCCAUGACCGUUUCCUCCAGCUCACUGACUUAAAGGCUGUAACCAGCAAACAGGACAGCGCUAUUUACAGCCAUGCUAAAGUCAAUGGUCGUGUUUAUCUAAUAAUAAAUAGCCUCAAGAAAAAAAUACCAAACCACCACAAUGAACUAGUGCACCAAGAUGGAAGUCUGCCUGACAUAACCAUGCUGAAUUUAACUGCCAGCAAUGAAAAGGAAGAGGAUAAAAAUCUGGAAGAGCAUGGUGAUGAAAGAAUGGAAGAAAGAGAUGGGAAGGGAGAGAAAGAUGGGGAUGAAAAAGAGAAGGAGGAGGAGGAGGAGGAAGAGGAAGAUGAGGAAGAGGAUGAUGAUGAAUCUGAUGUAGAAGAAACUUCUGAUUUAAAGAAUAAGUGGCAUCUGGUGAUCGACCGCCUCACGGUGCUAUUCUUGAAAUUCCUGGAAUAUUUUCAUAAACUGCAAGUUUUUGUGUGGUGGCUUUUGGAGCUGCAUAUUAUCAAAAUAGUUUCUUCAUACAUCAUCUGGGUCACAGUGAAAGAGGUGUCUCUGUUUAACUUUGUGUUUUUGAUUGCCUGGGCUCUUGCUUUGCCAUAUGCUCAAUUCCGCCCAUUGGCAUCAAGUGUCUGCACUGUUUGGACAUGUGUGAUUAUCGUCUGCAAAAUGUUAUAUCAGCUCACAUCUAUUGACCCUAGCACCUUUUCCAGUAACUGUACAAUGCCUACAGAAAAUGAAACUGACAUAGGCAGUGAAGAACUGAAGACAUCGCUUCUCUACAGCGCACCCAUCGAUCCUACAGAGUGGGUUGGAUUAAGGAAGUCUUAUCCCCUGCUUGUAUACUUAAGGAAUAACUUACUGAUGCUGGCUAUUCUGGCCUUUGAAGUUACAAUUUACCGGCAUCAGGAGUACUACAGAUGUCGAAAUAAUCUUACUGCACCUGUGACUAAAACCAUUUUCCAUGACAUUACAAGAUUACAUUUGGAUGAUGGACUUGUAAACUGUGCCAAGUAUUUCAUAAACUACUUCUUCUACAAGUUUGGGUUGGAGACCUGUUUCCUACUGUCAGUUAAUGUAAUUGGUCAACGAAUGGAUUUCUUUGCCAUGAUUCAUGCCUUCUGGUUAAUUGCUGUAUUAUAUCGACGUAGAAGAAAAGCUAUUGCAGAGAUCUGGCCAAAGUACUGCUGUUUUCUGGCAUGCACCAUUAUAUUCCAGUACUUCAUUUGUAUUGGCAUUCCACCUGCUCCUUGUAAAGACUAUCCAUGGAGGAGCCCUAAUGCCAACUUCAACUCCAACAUCAUAAAAUGGUUAUACUUUCCAGACUUCAUUGAAAGACCAAAUCCUAUAUUUCUUGUCUACGAUUUCAUGUUGCUGCUCUGUGCAUCCUUACAAAGACAAAUGUUUGAGGAUGAAAAUAAGGCUGCUGUGCGAAUCAUGGCUGGGGACAAUGUGGAAAUUUGCAUGAACCUUGAUGCAGCAUCAUUUAGCCAGCACAACCCUGUUCCCGAUUUCAUUCACUGCCGAUCCUACUUAGAUAUGUAUAAAGUGAUAAUAUUUAGUUACCUCUUCUGGUUUGUGCUUACUAUCAUCUUCAUCACGGGAACUACAAGAAUCAGCAUAUUUUGUAUGGGUUACUUGGUGGCCUGUUUCUAUUUCCUGCUCUUUGGUGGUGAUCUAUUAUUGAAACCUAUUAGAAGCAUUCUACGUUAUUGGGACUGGCUGAUUGCAUACAAUGUCUUUGUGAUUACAAUGAAAAACAUACUGUCGAUAGGAGCAUGUGGCUACAUUGAGUCAUUAAUUCGAAACAGUUGCUGGUUGAUUCAAGCAUUUAGCCUGGCUUGUACGGUUAAAGGAUACCAUCAACCUAAAGAAACUGGAGACUGUAAACUGCCGAGCGGUGAGGCGGGAAUUAUUUGGGACAGUAUAUGCUUUGCUUUCCUGCUGCUGCAAAGAAGAGUCUUCAUGAGCUACUACUUCCUACAUGUGGUUGCUGAUAUAAAAGCUUCACAGAUCCUGGCAUCAAGGAUGGACCGCAUCAAAGCCAGGCAACAAAAAUACAAAAAGGGUAAAGAAAGAAUGCUGAGCAUGACCCAAGAAUCAACAGAAGGGCAAGAAAUUCAAAAGGCCUCUGAAGAUGAUGAUGAAGGAGAAGCAGACAAAGAGAAAACCAAGGGCAAAAAAAAGCUGUGGUGGCGGCCUUGGGUUGAUCAUGCUUCCAUGGUCAGAAGUGGAGAUUAUUAUUUAUUUGAGACGGAUAGUGAAGAAGAAGAGGAGGAUGAAAAAAAAGAUGAUGAAGAACCUCGGAGGAGAUCUGCAUUCCAGUUUGUGUAUCAGGCCUGGAUUACUGAUCCUAAAACUGCACUUCGACAGAGGCGCAAAGAGAAGAAAAAGUUUGGGAAGGAAGACAAGCGAAGGCGAAAAGGAUCUGGGGAUGGUGCUACUGAUGUAGAACAUGAAGAGAGAGAAGAUGAACCUGUCAAAAAGAAAUCAGAUGGGCCAGAUAAUAUCAUCAAAAGAAUAUUUAAUAUUUUGAAGUUCACCUGGGUCCUUUUCCUGGCAACUCUAGAUAGUUUUACAGCUUGGCUCAAUUCCAUUUCAAGAGAGCACAUUGAUAUCUCUACUGUGCUGAGAAUUGAGAGAUGCAUGCUGACCAGGGAAAUUAAAAAGGGGAAUGUUCCAACUCGUGAGAGCAUCCAUAUGUAUUACCAGAACCAUAUGAUGAAGCUUUCUAGGGAAUCAGGACUGGACACAAUUGAUGAAAAUCCUGGUCAAGAUUCUAGUUUACAGGCAUCUGAGAGGAUGGAUAGUUUAGAUUCAGCUGCUUCUCAUGACAGUAUUUCCAGCUGCUACACUGAAGCAACCAUGCUGUUCUCAAGGCAGUCAACCCUUGAUGAUUUAGAUGGACCAGACACUGUUCCUAAAACAAGUGAGCGCGCUCGACCUAGGCUUCGUAAAAUGUACAGCAUGGAUAUGUCCUCCUCAUCAGCUGACAGUGGCAGUAUAGUGUCAAGUGAACCUACCCAGGUCACCAUGCUGUAUUCUCGUCAGGGCACAACAGAAACCAUUGAAGAAGUAGAAGGGGAGCAUGAAGAAGAAGGGGAAGGUUCUACAUCAAGACGAGAAGAUGAGGUGGAUGAUUAUGGCUUGGAUUCAGAAGGAGCUGCGUACACUCCUGAUACUGACGUGCCAUCAUACUCUGCUGUGGAUGGCAAUGCCGAAGUCCCACCUUCAUACAGCAAAGCUGUCAGCUUUGAACAUCUUUCCUUCAGUUCCCAAGAUGACUGUGCUGGCAAGAACCUCAUGAUGGUGAGCCCAGACGACAGUCAAAUUGACAAGCUAAAUGAUACUAUCCUCCCUCCAUUGACACACGACCUGACUGCCAGUGAGCUGCUUCUAAACAAGAUGUUUCGUGAUGAAGAGCUGGAGGAAUCUGAGAAAUUCUACAGUGGUCAGCCUCGACUAUUGCUUCUCGUUUAUGCUCUGUAUAACACACUGGUGGCCCGGUCAGAAAUGGUGUGUUAUUUUGUGAUUAUCCUUAAUCACAUGAUCUCUGCCUCCAUGAUUACCCUUGUGCUUCCCAUCCUUAUAUUCCUUUGGGCCAUGCUGUCUGUCCCCAGGCCUAGCAAACGCUUCUGGAUGACAGCCAUUGUCUACACUGAGGUGACCAUUGUUAUCAAGUACUUCUUCCAGUUUGGCUUCUUUCCCUGGAAUAAACAUGUGGAUUACACCAAAGAUAAACCUUACCAUCCGCCCAAUAUUAUUGGUAUUGAAAAGAAAGAGGGUUAUGUGCACUAUGACCUUGUUCAGCUCCUUGCUUUAUUCUUCCAUCGAUCCAUUUUAAAGUGCCAUGGGUUAUGGGAUGAAGAUGAUGAAGGUGAAAGCUGCAGUAGUAAAGAGGAAUAUGGCGAUGAGCUCUCACUGACGGCAGACAGGAGAGAUUCUGCUGACUCUUUAAAGUCAGUGAACCUUGCGGCUUCUGUGGAGUCCAUACAUGUUCACUUUCCAGAACAGCAAACUGCCAUCAGGAGAAAAAGUUCCAGCAGUGGGUCACAACUUUCACACAGAUCCAGUUUCUCCUCACAGAGGUCAAAGAGAGGGAGCACCAGUACACGAAACAGCAGUCAGAAAGGAAGCAGUGUAUUAAGCAUUAAGCAAAAAUCUAGAAAAGAGCUUCUUAUGGAAAAGUUUCGAGAACAAAUGAUCAAAGCAAAGGCAUUUACAAUUAAAAAGACUCUUCAAAUAUAUGUGCCCAUCAGACAGUUUUUCUACAAUCUCAUUCACCCGGAAUACAGUGCUGUGACUGAUGUUUAUGUGCUGAUGUUCCUCGCAGAUACAGUGGACUUCAUCAUCAUUGUGUUUGGGUUUUGGGCUUUUGGGAAACAUUCUGCUGCAGCAGAUAUCACGUCUUCAUUAUCAGAGGACCAGGUACCAGAGGCAUUCCUGGUGAUGGUGCUCAUUCAGUUUGGAACAAUGGUGGUAGACCGAGCACUGUACCUCAGAAAGACUGUCAUGGGAAAAGUCAUCUUCCAGGUCAUUCUUGUUUUUGGGAUACACUUUUGGAUGUUCUUUAUCUUGCCUGGAGUAACUGAAAGGAAAUUUAGCCAAAACACAGUUGCCCAGCUCUGGUAUUUUGUGAAAUGUGUUUAUUUUGGGUUAUCAGCAUAUCAGAUACGUUGUGGUUACCCAACCCGUGUUCUUGGCAACUUCCUCACCAAAAGUUACAACUAUGUAAACCUCUUCUUAUUUCAAGGAUUCCGUCUGGUUCCAUUUUUGACUGAGUUGAGAGCAGUAAUGGACUGGGUUUGGACUGAUACCACUCUGAGCCUUUCCAGCUGGAUCUGCGUUGAGGAUAUUUAUGCUCAUAUAUUUAUCUUGAAAUGUUGGCGAGAGUCUGAAAAGAGAUACCCCCAGCCAAGAGGCCAGAAGAAAAAGAAAGUUGUGAAGUAUGGAAUGGGUGGCAUGAUUGUUGUCUUGCUGAUUUGUAUUGUCUGGUUCCCUCUGCUCUUCAUGUCUUUAGUCAAAUCUGUUGCAGGCGUCACCAACAGGCCUCUUGAUGUAUCAAUCACAAUAACCCUAGGAGGUUAUCAGCCUAUUUUUACAAUGAGUGCUCAGCAGAACCAGCUCAAGGAUUUGAAUCAAACUGAGUUUGAUUCAUUUCAAAGAGAAUAUUCGGGUAAUACUGGUGCUUUGCAGUUUCUAGAAAGCUAUGGAAAAGAAGAUAUAACUGUAGCAGAACUAGAAGGGAAUUCAAAUUCAUUGUGGACUAUCAGCCCUCCCAGUAGAAAGAAAAUGAUUCAAGGUCUCCGGGAUUUUUCUGCUGAGUUCACUCUAGUUCUUUCAUGGAGUAUUCAAAGAAACCUCUCUCUCGGUGCAAAAGCAGAAAUAGCAUCGGAUAAGCUUUCCUGUAACCUACUGAACAAAACUAGAGAAAAUAUCGCUACAAUGAUGUCUGGGGAUCACACGGUAAAGAAGGUGAUGCUAGAAAUGAUGUUUCCAUACUAUCUCAAGGCACCUAGUGAUUCUCUGGCAAAACCCAUCAAGCAGCUAUGGAAAGAGGGGAGGAUGGAAAACAUCACUGUUUCGCUUGUCAAAAAUGAAUCUAAAGAUGGGGUUCGUGAAUGGUGGGUUCUCAAUCAGCUUGGAAAAAGAUACAGACAGGAAGAAAGUCUUGAACUCUUUGUAUUCAGUGACAAAGUUAGCCCUCCUAGCCUUGGAUUCUUAGCUGGCUAUGGUAUAAUGGGACUUUACGCCUCAGUUGUCCUGGUGAUAGGGAAGUUUGUCCGUGAGUUCUUCAGCGGGAUCUCUCACUCCAUCAUGUUUGAAGAACUACCAAACGUGGACCGUAUCUUGAAAUUGUGUACUGACAUUUUCUUAGUAAGAGAGACUGGAGAACUGGAACUAGAGGAAGACCUGUACGCCAAAUUAAUAUUCCUGUACCGCUCACCAGAGACGAUGAUCAAAUGGACUAGGGAAAAAACUAAUUGAUCUCUUUGGAGUCACACUGCAAAUCAAGUUGACUUCAUCUGAAUUUUAAAAAAGCACAAUAUUCUCAUAAGAGCUAAGCCUUUUAUAGUUAGGUAGCAAUGAUUUUUCACUGACUGAGUCCAGGAAGCUACUUCCUUAGGAAUCCAUGCUGCCUUUCAAAUUAAGGAUUAAUGGUGAAGAAGAUUGGUUUGAUUUUUUUUUAAAUGCCCACUCCUCUAAAAUCAGGGGACCUUGCUUUGUAAUUUAAUCAACCAAAUGUUCUGCAUCCUUGACUGGGAUGUUAAUCUUCCGGACAUUACAUUUCUACCGUUAAAGAAAAAGGAAAGAAAGAAACGAUCCCUUAGAUGACUUCACUGGACCUUUUCUGGAGCGAUACAGUUUGUGCAAUAUGCUGUUGUACGUCACUGACUUUCAAGAUACAGUAAUGGGAAUCUGACUAGCUUCAGGAAAACAAUGCCAAAAGGCCAUAGUGCGAGCUGAAGAGAUGCUAGCCAUAUCCAUUUUUAGAAAAGCAGAGGUUUUGAUGUACCGAAGACUCUUUGGACAACCCUCUGUAAGCAAAAAGAAAACAAGUGACAAUCUCUUUAAUUACUUUAUUUUAUUUGUACAGUCCCAGGAGACAUUUCCAUGAAACAUCAAUGACUUUUCUCAGGAAAAAAAAACUUGGUUUUAGCACUUAGUUAAACCUUAAUGAAUUAUGGAGUAUUGGGAUGUUCUGCUGGGCUAUCUUCCCACAAUUACUGCUUUCCUUUAGACAGAGAAAAACCAACUGAAUGACUAAGGAGCUGUUUCACUUCUUAUAUCUCUUUGAAGACUGAAUAGUGUGUGCUACUCUGUGCUUCCCCACUACAUGCUUUUCCCGCCAUUUUGAUGAUUUAAGGCAAUGGUUUUGUUAUCUGAUAUUCUCCUUCCAGUGUUUCAGGUAUACAAAAAUGUUUACAUAUUCCAAUUUACAUUUUUACAUCCGAGACGGGUUUUUUAAGUUCCCAAAUAUAGAAGUACAUAUGAGCUUGAAAAAUGGCCUUUUCUUAAAUUACUAUUGUUGGUGACACAAACGGUUCAUUAGAGAACAUUCUAGCAUGAAAAUUUAUGAUUGCAAUGUAGGUUUAAUUCCAUGUUAAAAAAAUGCAAUUUCUGAAAAACAAAAUCAUUGAGUGGGUAGGGUAUGUUAAAAGGUUAUACUGUGUAGUUUUGAUUCAGUAAUGACUUAAAAUAAAGCACAUGAUGCAAAGUCA